AUGGUGGAUUUUUGGGUCCCACCACAUGACAGGCUCCUGUUAUCUGAAAGCUCCCGCCCGUCCCCCGCUGCCCGCUCCGCUCCGCUCCGCUCGGCGCAGGGGCCGCGCCCGCGCCCCCGCCCCCGCCGCGCGUGUGCGCGCCCGGCUGCGCGCGGGGGGCGCGCCCGGAGCCCCCUCCCCGCCGUCACGGCAGAUCAGAGGAAGGUGCGAGCAGAGGGGGAGCCGGUUUACAAUUUCAAACGCGGCCUCCCCGCAGCGGCUUCAUUAGCAUAUGUCAGGGGACCGCCGUAUAUAUAUACACACGCGCGAGGCUGAUGAGCAGCACCCCGCCGCCUGGCUCGCACCGGCUCGCAUCAGCACGGCUCGACUCGCAGCGGCUCCGCUCGGCUCGGCCCUGCCGGCUCCCCAUGCUUGGGGCUCCGCCGCGCACCCCCACAUGCCCACCGGGAGAGGCCGGCAGCCGCUCUCCGCCGCCGCCGCGCCCUAGCCCGCACGCCCCGCGCCCGCAUGGCUCCGCUGGCCGAGGUGGGCGGCUUCCUGGGCGGCCUGGACGGCCUGGGGCAGCCGGUGGGUGCCCACUUCUUGCUGCCGCCCGCCGGGGAGCGCCCGGCGCUGCUCGGAGACCGCCGCGCCCCGGCGGAGCGGGGAGAUCGGCGCGCCCCGGCUGCGGCGGCGGCGGCGGCGGCGGACCUGGCGCACUUGCAGGGCAUCCUGCGGCGGCGGCAGCUGUACUGCCGCACCGGCUUCCACCUGCAGAUCCUGCCCGACGGCAGCGUGCGCGGCACCCGCCAGGACCACAGCCUCUUCGGUAUCCUUGAAUUCAUCAGUGUGGCAGUGGGACUGGUCAGUAUUAGAGGCGUGGACAGUGGCCUUUACCUUGGAAUGAAUGAAAAGGGAGAACUCUAUGGCUCUGAGAAACUAACUUCUGAGUGCAUCUUCAGGGAGCAAUUUGAGGAAAACUGGUACAACACCUACUCAUCCAAUGUGUACAAACAUGGGGAUUCAGGGCGGAGGUACUUUGUAGCACUUAAUAAAGACGGUACUCCCAGAGAUGGGGCAAGGUCCAAAAGACACCAGAAAUUCACGCAUUUCUUACCCCGGCCUGUGGAUCCUGAAAGAGUUCCAGAACUGUACAAAGAUGUGUUAGGAUACAGCUGAGGAAAGAGGUAGCUUUGGCAAAAAAGCAAACUGGAGCUGUUGCCCGUGCUUUCAUGGCAAUGCCAGCAUGAGGAACCUGCUGAGUCUGGGAUGCUGGAUGUGAAGAACCUGCUUGGUGAAAGGCACGCCUCUGUUUUCUAACCACUGGAUUUAGGAGACAAAGCCUUGAAGCUGAGCAUGGAUGGACCAGCCUCCUCAAGACUUGCUGAAUGGUAGCUAGUCACCAGGGGGAAUGUGUGACUUCUUAAAACGUAACGAACUCUCAGCAAUUCUGCCCGGAUUACCUGUGGCCUGUAGGUUAGCAAGGAACCAUCUACAUCACAUGGAUGAGACAAUGGCUGGAAAAAAUAGAAAGAAAUGGACUGUGAGAUAUUGACAAAUCUGAGAACUGUGUGUGAAGUUUUACAUGCUCCACGCUAGUGCUGGACGUUAGAUGUCAAUGCAUAGUAGUCAAAACUGGAAAUUUUCUUCAGGAUGGACCUAUUUAUACAUCUCCAGAUAGCAUAUAUUUAUUUUAUAUAUUUAUUUAUUAAAGAGUUUAUUUUUUACUGGGAUAUGAAGAGAAUACAAGUUUCUAACCCCAAUGAGAAAUCAUUUACAGUGCCAAUAUUUACUUGGGUCAUAUCAUAAUACAGAAAUGACAUUACCUUGCAAUGCAUCCAAAACCUGAACAUUUGUGUUUCACUGUUUAUCAGCUACAGAUAAGUUUAUAUUUUAUGUGCAUACCAUUGCCUUGUAACUGUCCUAUUUGGAAAAGAAUGUUUAAUUUUUUUUUUUUACUUAUGAGAGGAGUGCCUUACAGAUUGUAUUAAAUUCAAAUGCACAUUUGA